ACCGGAAGAUGAUAUGAAAAGGGUCGGAGUUCACAUUUCUAGGCUUUACCUGAACAACAGAGGAUAGAGUUGUGCGUGUACAGUUAUUGACAAUGAAUCAACAUUGAUUAUACGCACAAACUAACUAUUCAUUUUCAAGUAUGACGAUGAAGAAAGUAGUUCUUACUGCAAUUGUAUCAUGGACAUUUAUAUUGUUGGUAAAUGGACAGAAUUCUUCGAAUUCGCAGCCGAUGUCAAACGGGAAUUCUGUACACAAUGUUGGAGAAGAAUCUCCCCUGGAAAAGGGAGCAAAACCUUUAUAUGAUUUGAUGCAUGGAUUUUUAGACAGUGUUCAAAAACAUGAUUUUGUAACCGCCAAUAGUGAUUCAAAAAUUUCAUAUAAAGAAAUCCAGAAUUACAUAGUAGAUGGCAGCUUAUCCAAAUUGGCUGAUCGAUGGCAGGAUAUGGUGUCGGUGUUUGGAGGCUAUGCUGCCUGUAUUGUGGUGGGGUUGCUGUUUGUCAUCUUUAUGCCCAUCAUCGGCAUGUUCUUCUGCUGUUGUUAUUGUUGCUGCAAAAGAUGUGGGAAAGCCAGGGAAAAAUCAGAUCCAAAAUCAGCUGGUUGCAAACGUGCAACAUAUUGCCUCUUUUUGGCUAUAUUUACAACCAUGAUGCUAACUGGUGCAAUAGUAUCCAUAAUUUCCAAUGAGUUAUUGCACAUGAAGCUCGAAAAUUCAGAUGAAAGGGGACCAGUGCAAUACAUGAAAAGUGGACUGGAUGAUCUGGUGGUAUAUGCAAGCGAAACCACAGCUGAGCUGGAUACUGAGACCAGGAAGACUGUGCACCAAACCAUAUUUGAUAUAAACCGGCAAAUAAAUGGGUCAGUAAGCUCUACGGUGGACAGCGUGGUGUCCUCUAUCAAUGCCUCAGCAUUACUUAGUCAGACAGAAAACCUGGGAGCCAGAGCAGAUCAAACAUUGAAAGACUUAGAGAACAUAACUACAACCCUGAGUGAAUUAAAAACAAAGCAAAAUGAACUCGAUGGAAAAAUAACGGCUAUCAAUCAGAAUUUAAGUGCUGCCUGUAACGGUAUAUCUCCAUGUCCUCGACUACCGACUGUUGCCAAUAACUUUACUGUGGUGAAUGAUCUUGCUACCGAAUUACAGAAAGUGAAGGACUCUGUAAACAUAUCAGCUUUGACAAUAGAGGCAAGAAGGCAGUUUGACAAAGUGGUAAACGAUAUUUAUCCACACCUGGAAGGUAGUAUAGAUCAGGCCAUGAACAAGUCAGGUGAAAUACAGAAGAAUCUUGAAAAUCAGAUAUCAUCGCUCAGUGAUACCUCCAGGAAUUUUGAAAAUAAUAUCAAGAAUGUUUCUCAGACGGAAAUAGACAGAAUCGACAAGUACCUAAAAGAUUAUGCUGAUUACAUAUGGUACGGAGGCAUUGGCAUUCCUUGUGUCGUGAUUCUCACCACAGCUCUGUAUUACAUGGGGAUCCUGUUCGGUCUGUGUGGCCAGAGACCCGGAUACGAUGCUCCAUGCUGCAACAGGGGAACUGGCUCCAACUUUUUGGUUGGUGGAGUUGUAUGGACUUACCUGUUAUUCUGGCUGUUGAUGUAUAUAGUUCUUUUCUCCUUCCUGAUUGGAGGUCUGCUGUACACCAAUGUCUGUCGAAACCUAAACAAGGGUGUGGAAAAUAUAGGGGACUUUGAACCAAUUUUAGAUGACAUGGGUAUUGAUGUCAAAAGCUUGCUUGAAUAUGAUUCCACUUCAAACUUUACCAUUAAACAAGCACUUAAAGACUGUAAGAAUGACAAAGGAAUUUAUUCAGCCCUUAAGCUACAAUCUAGAUUUAACCUUGAUGAACUUUUGGAUAUAAGUGAUGUUAUAAAGGAAAUACGAGAACUCAGCAGCAACCCUAGUUUCACUGUUCCUAACAUCACCAUUCUAUCAGACAGCCUUAAUAAAUCAUUGUCAAACUUCGCAAAUUCUGGAAUUACACAAAUUAAUUUCACCUCAUUUGAAGAACAGCUUAACAAGACUCCAAUUCUAAAUGUAACUGGUAUUAUCACGGAGCUGGAGAACUUUAACCUGCAACAAGAAGCAGAUAUGGUAACAAGUUUACAAAAGACAGAGCUUAAAGCUUUUGAGGAUAAAAUGGAAGAAUUGAGGGAUGGCCUUAACAGCUUGAAAACUCAAACAGAUUUACAGGGAGAAGUGACUGAACUACAAGUUUCCUUGAAAAAAUCACAGGACAAUUUUAACAAUGAAAAACAAACACUGAUUAAAAAAGGGCUGAAUAGCACUGUUGACAAUGUCAUAGUCAUAGUUCAGAGCGGAGUGGAUAGUGCAAAAACCACUGUUAGAAACAUCGGAAACUGUUCGUCUGUGUACACUGCAGCUCAGAAGCUAUCAGACUCUGUGUGUGUAGCCGUACUAGACCCAUUUAAUACAUUCUGGUUUGGAUUAGGAUGGGGAAUAUUUUUCAGUAUCCCAAGCAUAAUAUUUGCCCUACUUCUGGCAAACGUGUACCAAAGAGAGGAUCCAUUUGACAAAGAACUUCGCAAAGCCAAGAAGGAAAGUCGACAGAAACCACAACAACAGGAGUUUGAUAGCCCAAUGAUGGAAACUUACCAAGAUAACAUUCCACUGACUAGCGCAGGAGACUGGUGACGAAGACUGAAAGGAAACCACCUGGAGGACUAAUGAUGUCUAGCUGUGAUAUCUCGUACCAAAAUCACGCUGUCCUGAUCCACCGACAUUGUGAUUUGUUGACUUUUGGAGAAGGUAGAAAAUUACACCAUAGGUUGUUUUGAUGGCGAGAAAACAGACAAGUCUGAUGGACUUGUCAAACUCGAUUUUUUUUAUAAUGGGUUGAAAAUUAUUUUGAUGUUUGUAAUGUUGAACCAAUUUUUAUAUGUUAUUAUUGUCCUUUAUAAUAGUUAGGAGAUGAAAUCCCAAAAAUGCUUGAAUGAAUGGCAACGGAGAUAAGUUUAAAUGGAAUUUAAAAGUGUGAAAGAUGCCUCUUAUUUAAAUGUUUUUCUCCAUUUUGUUUAUAAUGGGUUCAGUUUUAUACGAGAAUUGAUUUUCACCUACUUUCCAGAUGAAGAUAUCCUUUGAAUUUUACAAUUAUUAUAUGUAUAGCUUAUAUGCAUUAUUUUCUCAGUAAUCUAUUUUCUACUUUUAUUUGCUCACAAUGUGAACCGUCUUUCCUCCCAACUUAUUUGCUUUGAAAAAAAUCAUUCCAAGACAUCAUGGCUCAAAUCCCCUUUGAUAUACAUUAUUUUCAUUCCAUGAUACGUUUAACGGGUUUUUUCUGUCUUUUUGUUUUAAUUUUCCCGUAUUGUGUAGAAGUGUGUUCAUUUCAGAUGUAUGAAUGUGACAUACAUUUUUGGAGAAAAUUUAAUUCUGUUUAAAUGGUGCUACAACUUAUUUGCUACCAAUGUUUCUUAAUAAAUCAAACUUGUUAGAAUGGAAAAUGACUUUUAUCCUUUCAAGAAUAGUUGAUUAUAACCAUUAUGGCAUUCUGUUGAUAGAGUGUUGUGUACAGUGAUGCACGCUAAGUUUGUUUUUACCAAAACACACUUUGUGUCUUUAUUGUUUUGUUAAUUUUUCAAAAAUCAUUUCGGAGCAGCAGAUGUGAUUACAGUGAGAAAUGUGGAGAAUGAAUGCUGGUAUUGAAACAUACUUCUCUAAGGAAUAUGUGUGAAUGAAAUGUUUAUAUUGACUGAAAAAUAUUUAAAGAAGAUUGGAAUUCAUAUUUAAAGAUAUUUUUAUACAAUAUUUUGAAAUUAGCAUAUCAGAUGUACUAUGCAAUUCUGAAUUGUUGAAAUUUGUCUACUACUAUUAGUCUCAACAUACAAAAGAAUGGCAAUGCAAUGCUAGAAUUUACAUGAACAACAAUAUAGGAUAUGGAAAUAAAGGAGACUUUUCUUGCCAUGUUAAAGUUCAGUGAAAGAGAAAGAUAUUUAUGUUUACUAAUUUUUAGAUGGGUACAUUUAUGAUGUACAUAUUUAAGUCGUUAUUUUAAACCUUGUUGUACAUGUAAUUUAUCUUUGUACAUAUUGUCAGUUUUUUUUUUUUUUUGUGGUUUUUUUUGGUGAUUUUUAACUUAGGAUUGACUAAUUCUUUGCAUUUGUGCAAUAGAUGAUAAAUUAUAUCUUGAGUAAUCUCAAGAUAUGUAAAUUAAUAAAGAUAAGAUUCUUUUUAUACAUCAAAUGAAAUUUGAAAAUGCAUGUACAGUUUAUAUGAAAAACAUGGUUGAUGAUUUGAAUUGAAUUUUUGUGUACUAGUAUUCAAAGAGUAUUAGGGUAGUGUUAUUGUUUUUGAAAAUUCUGUGAAAAAAUCUUUCUUCUGAUUUUUGCCAUGUUUUAGUAAACAUUUAGUUCUUUCAGUAUUGUGAUCUGUCAACGAAUACUAUAUUUAGUGCCUGUAGACAUUGUUACAAUUUCUUGCGUUGAUGUAGAUCAUUUAGUAGGUCUUGAGCUUUGGGUUAAUGUUGAAGCUUUACCACACUUGCAGGUCUAUAUUACAUGGAUAUUGUACACUAGCAGGUGAACUUGUCAAGUUUAAAAAAAAAGAAAGAUAUUUGCCGAGUUCCAAAGUGAGUAGCUAUAUUAUAUUUUGCUAUGGAUUUAUAACGGUAGUAAAAAGUUUGUUUGCUACUUAAUUUUAAACUGAACGUUUGAAUGUUAUUCAUGACAAUGUGUAUAUUCACAACAAAGCUUAUGUGAAGUGAUGACACAUUAUGAAACAAAGAGUUAUGGAAAUCAGCGAAUUUUUUGUUGUUGUUGCUGCACAUGAAAUAAAAGUGAUUUACGAUACCAAGAUGAUGAUGUAUACAUAAUUGAAUUUAGAGAUUACUUUCAAGUUUUUUAAAGAUAAAUUUUAAAGACAUAUAAGUCACUUUACCUUUUUUGGCAACCAAGCUUUAAUCCACCAAGUUAACCAGAUUAAUCUGAAAAAUCUGCAUUUUUGAUGUAAAGAAGUGACAUAUUUUUCUUUCAUAUGCUUUUAUCUAUGAACAAUUUCUGGGCUCUUGGACACAAAAAUUUUGCAGAUUACACAUACUAAAUUACAAGACGUUGGUCUACAAUAACCCAUAAGUAAACACAGUUACAUAGUGGAAGCAAGGGGAAAAGUACAAACUCGGACACAAUGAUGCCAUAGCUAGAAUUUCGUAAUUUUUUUCCCGAGAUAAACAAUUUUAUACAAUGUGACAAAGACAUGAAUCCAAAAAGAAUUGCACCAAAUUUAGCUAUUUCAUUUAUAGAAUGUAUACAAGUUUCUAACCAGAUUAUAGAAUGUGAUAUACCAUGAACCGUCCUUUCUUAAUAAAGGAUACUUUUAUCAUAGCGCUUGAUACCAUGGGUGAACCGCAGUACUAGAGAAUGGUUGUGAUGAGUGCAUAAUAAUUAAUCCAGUAUCUGAUCUCACAGAGGUAAUGUUAACAUGGACUUUAUUGUAAUCUAUUCGUAUAUUCGAUAUAUACCAAUUUUUUUCUGUAGACGUCUGCACAAAAUGUAUAGUUGCAGUUCUGUAGCUCCCCAGCCAUAAAUAUUUGGGACGUCUGACGUCCACUAUUUACGACCAGGGGACCUACAGCUCAAUUGUGUUGUUGCUGAAAAUGCAAGUCGUACAUUAAUGCCUGUGAAUGAUUGUGAUUACAUGGUGUGCCUUUAAUAAGAAUUGGGACCAAUUUUAUUGAGAGUCCUGGAGAACAUUCCACCGCACAGUCAAAAUUUUUCUCUAUCCCAUCUGUUGAAAAUUUUGUGUAUUGUUUCAAUUAAUGAUGAAUUUCAUUGAGAAUUAAUUAUUAUUGUCUGAAUGUUGUAUGCAUGCAUCCAUCAGUAAACCAUGAAGUUAAGAUUAUUCAU